UCGGCAGCCAUUCUCGCCACAGCCGAAGCGAAUGCGGACGCGAAGCGACUGUACCAUGAUCUAAUCAAUGGUUAUUCGUCGCUGAUCCGACCCGUCGGAAAUAAUUCCGAUAGACUGACCGUCAAAAUGGGAUUGAAAUUAUCUCAGCUCAUCGAUGUGAAUCUCAAGUCACAAAUCAUGACUACGAACAUGUGGGUCGAACAGGAAUGGAAUGACUACAAGCUCCGCUGGGAUCCCGAGGAAUACGGCGGAGUGAGCAAACUGCACGUUCCUGCAGAGCAGAUUUGGCUACCGGACAUCGUCCUGUACAACAAUGCCGACGGGAACUACGAAGUCACAAUCAUGACGAAAGCCAUCCUGCACCAUGACGGCCUCGUGGUUUGGAAGCCUCCCGCAAUCUACAAAAGCUCCUGCGAAAUCGAUGUGAAAUACUUUCCCUUCGAUCAGCAGACGUGCUGGAUGAAAUUCGGCUCGUGGACAUACGACGGCUACACGGUUGAUCUCAAACAUAAAAAUCAGCAGGAAGGCGACCUGAUCGAAGUCGGCAUAGACCUGUCAGAGUUUUAUCUCUCUGUCGAAUGGGACAUCAUGGCCGUUCGCGCGCGCCGCAAAGAAAAGUUCUACUCGUGCUGUGAAGAACCGUACCCAGACAUCACAUUCAACAUCACAAUACGUCGAAAGACUCUUUUCUAUACCGUUAACUUGAUCAUUCCGUGUGUGGCUAUUUCGUUUUUGUCGAUCCUCGUCUUCUACCUGCCCUCUGACUCUGGAGAAAAGGUUUCUCUGUCGAUCAAUAUCAUGCUGUCCCUGGGUGUGUUCUUCUUGCUGUUAUCUGAAAUCAUUCCGCCGACAUCAUUGGCGGUGCCCUUACUGGGCAAGUACCUGCUGUUCACCAUGGUGCUAGUUUCGUUCUCAGUGUUCGUGACGAUCGCUGUGCUCAACGUGAACUUCCGCUCGCCAGCGACCCACAAGAUGCCCUUGUGGGUGAAGGAAAUUUUCUGUGAGUGGUUGCCUGGCAUCCUCAUGAUGAAACGCCCCGAGGACGACGAGGGCGAAAAAGAAGAGCAGGACAGAAUGGGGGUUCCACAGGACAUCGGCGAGUCCGGCGAGGCUCCGAAUAUCGCACACAACUCGGACUUCGGCUUGCCUGUCAGUUUUGAGGGUGUCGAGGUGCAUCCUACGAUCCCGCCGCUCCCACCUCUUCCCGGAUUCCCUGAUGUGAAACUUGGUCUCAUGGAUCAACUAGAAUGUUCGUAUCAUGGUUCCCCAUACCCGCUGGAGUGCAACGACGACGGCUACGGGAACGAUUCUCUGAUGGAAGAAGAUGACGACGAUGAUGACGAAGAGGACGAAGAAGCGGCCGAAGACGACGUUGAGGAGGCUGAAGGCGAGAUUGAAAUGCCGAUGAAUCAAGCCCGAUUCGUAGCGAAGCAUAUGAAAAACGUAGACAAGUUCGACAAGAUAAGCGAAGACUGGCAGUAUAUCGCCAUGGUUCUCGAUCGAGUCUUCCUGAUUGCCUUCACUUUGGCCUGCGUACUCGGGUCGGCGUCGAUCAUAUUCGAGGCGCCCUCUCUCUUCGACGAUAAGGUGCCGAUCGACGUUCUCUUGUCUAAAGUCGCGCCCAGGGCCGUUGCCUAUCGGCAUGAAAUGUUGUCCAAGGGAAUCGAUCUCAACAUUCCCAAGUGA